AUGUCGAACUCUGCGGAGGCCGGACCGCCUCGGGACAAUGUUGCACUCCUCCCUCCCCCACAAAAGGACCCCGGCGUUCAUAGUGCCAGCGCUGACCGCCUUCACGCCUCCAAGACUGAGAGAGUCAUGGUGACCGGGGACGGAAGUAACGCAAGACACAACAACGUGGUGAAGCUUCUCGGGAAGCCAUGGCUGAAAGAUGGAAAGUGGCACAUUCCUCUGGAGUUCAUCUUUGGAGAAGAUCUCGAAACGGCCAUAUUUAACGUACAGGAAUCUAAAAUACAGCUGACUCCAUCAGUGAAGGCCACCAUCAUCACUGGUAUGUGUGAAGGCUUGACCUUUCUGCACAGCAAAGACAUCGUCCACCAGGAUCUCAAACCAGACAACAUCAUGAUUGAGCAUGGAUCUCAUCGUGCUGUGAUCAUUGACAUGGGUCUGGCAAAAUUCUUUAAAAAUGGCUUAAGCUCUGCUGCCAACAUGGGUAACCCGGCCUACUCUGCUCCUGAGGUCUUUCAAGGGAGCGCUCGAGAUUUGCGUUCAGACGUGUGGGCCAUGGGCAAAAUCAUCGCCGAACUAUGUCAUAGGGUCAGGCUCCCGACCUACGCUCUAAAUCCUGACAAGAUUAAAGAGACUAUGAAAGAUAAUCCAUACACCAGUGUCGUGUCCCGGAUGGUGCUGACCAACCCAGCAGAGAGAGCCAUUAUGUCUAAGGUGAUUGGUGAGAUCCGGCAAAUUGAGGCAAAACAGGAGGCACCUCAAGGGGCAGGAGCAGGAAGACCAAACCCAGGGUUGGGUGUACAAUUGGGUGGCCAAGGAAAAGAAGGUGUUGAUGUUGGGGCGAGGAGGUUUUGGGAUCCACUGAGCCCUUUAUCACCAGAAGCAAGACACCAGGAAACAGCUUUAGACAUCCACAAUCGCCUAUUUCAACGACAUGAAGAUCUUUUUGCUGGAAAUGCGUUGGCCAAUAGGUUUGCACCAAUGCACCUUGGUGCUCCAUCACCAGGUAGAAUGGUGGUGAAUCGUCACGAGGCAGAGUUUAAACAUGUAGUCAUGAGAAAUGGCAAGGUUGUUCACUAUGAGCAUACGAAAAUGAAAAAGUAAAACCUAGAAAAAUUGAUUCAACAUCUUUUUCAGUGUGAUGAGUAUGGU